AUGAGGGGCCUCUCAUCUUUGAUUGCUGUGACAGCUGUUGUUUCGACUGCAUCGGGUGCUAUUGUCCCUAUACACACUGGCGAAUGUUUAUCACACGCACAUGCAUCAUCAGCUGCCGAUACGAGACCGUCUUAUUAUUAUGGCGUUCCAAUCGACUGGGCGCUUGAAUCGUCACUGGCGGGCUUAAUAGGGCCACCGGCAACUGCUACUGUGCAUCAGAAUCUACAAAGUUCGCCUCCAUCGGGCAAGUCGAGCGCUCUGUCGAAGGCAACAAGGUCUGCAUCGACGGGAGAUGGCAUUUUGGCAAAGACAACUGGGGCAUCGUUACCAUCGCAUGCGACAACUGAGCACACCUCCGAAACCUCAACAAUUGCGCGGGUUACUUUGUCAAAUGUGGAAAGCUCCGCGUCGAUGGCGACCAAAGCUACUACCACUACCUCGCCGAAGGUUGCUACGACCAAAGCGCGGAACAAUUUGGUCACCACGAAGAGCCGAACAUCCAGUACCCAUACUACCUCGCCGCAUCCAACCACUGUGAAAACGAGACCCAGUAGCUUAACCAAAACGCGUACUUCGCUGGGAACCUCGGACCAUUCAACGAGAUCGAGCACUUUAUCAACCAAAGCAAGUACAUCGUCACGGAGAUCCACCGUUUCAACCAAGCCCCAUCUUGCAUUGGUCAAUCCAACCUCAUCGCCAAAUAUCCACAAAUCUCACUCACCGGUCACUAAGACCUGUGAGGCCCCUUCCACUAAGUCCCCCGAGACCUACUGGUUGGACGAGCAGGACCACAAUCUACAAGGAGCGGGCUUCGCACCUUAUGCCAAAACCUCGCUCUACCCCGUGUAUCGCAAUGUGAUGGACUACUCCGUGGUCAAUGAUGGCACCGGCGACCAAACACCGAAACUGCAGAAGGCUAUCGACGAUGAUGGAGUCGGCGGCAGCCGUAAAGGCCAGGGUGUCACACGCUAUCCAGCCCAGGUUUAUCUCCCAGGGGGCGAGUAUCAGCUCAAAUCUACCCUCAAUCUGACUGUCGGGACCAUUCUUGUCGGCAACCCAUUGAACCCACCCGUCAUCAAAGCUGCACGGGGUUUCGUCGGCGACUAUCUUGUCAUGGGAUAUGAUUCGCAUAACGGCAACCCAGAGACCAGCUUUGCAACCCUCAUGAAGAACGUGAUUCUGGAUACUACAGCUCUCAACGGUGACCGUCAUUUCACCGCCCUCCAAUGGGGAGUUGCACAGGGGUCAGGUCUGACGAAUGUGAAAAUCCGCAUGCCGACCCAGUCAACUGGUCAUAUUGGAAUCAAUGUCAUUGCCGGGUCAACAGUCGCUGUUACGGAUGUGAGUAUCUUUGGCGGAGCGGUUGGAAUCGAGAAUUCCAAUCAACAGGUCAACUUCAAGAACAUCUAUUUCCAGGGUUGUGGAAUAGGUUUCAAGGCCACUGGUGGCUGGACGGUACUUUUACAGCAGGCCACCUUUGAUGGCUGUGGCACGGGCAUCGACAUGACCGGCAACGGCCUGGGCAGCAUGGUGCUCCUUGAUUCAACUGCCGCCAAUACUGGCCCGGUGAUCAAAUUCUAUGACUCGUCCAAGGAUUCUGGAGCUCAGAAUAGCCAGUUCCUGAUCCAGAACCUCCACCACGACACCGGUAACGCUAUUGCAGUGGACAACAAGGGCAAUGUAGUGCUGGCUGCCACUCCUCAUGUCGAUACAUGGGUCUGGGGGACUGUCGUUCCAGAGCACUACGAGACUGGCGCAAGCUGGGCCACGAAACGGCCCUCGGCAUUGCUUUUGGGAGACAAGUACUUCACCAAGGCGCAGCCCACUUACGAGGAGUACAGCACAUCAUCUAUCGUCAAUGUCAAGCUUGUAUCCGAGCACGUGGUCAAAGGCGAUGGUAAAACCGACGACACCAACAGCCUCAACGCUAUUUUGGCUGAGAAUGCCAAGACCUGCAAGAUCACUUACAUCCCCUUCGGUGUGUAUCGAGUCUCGGACACUAUCUUCGUUCCGGUUGGAACCCGCAUUGUCGGAGAAGCGUGGUCUGUGAUCUCUGCAUACGGUGAUAAGUUCAAGGACUCGGGCAACCCAAGACCCGUCAUUCAACUUGGUAAUCCAGGGGAUGUUGGUGUGAUUGAGAUCCAAGACAUGCGGUUCUCCGUCGGCGAGAUUUUGCCAGGUGCCAAAAUCAUUGAGAUCAACGCCGCAGGGAACGAACCCGGCGAUGUAGGCCUCUGGAACACGAUGGCCAUGGUGGGCGGGACCGCAGACACCAGCAUUGCCACUGCUUGCACGUCGCAAGACCCCAAGGACUGCAUGGCUGCUUUUAUGGUUAUGCACUUGACCGAGACAUCCUCUGCGUACAUUGAAAACUUCUGGGGCUGGACGGCCGACCACAACCUCGACAGCGAAUCAAUUCUCACCAUUAUAUCCACUGGACGCGGUAUCUUGGUUGAAUCCACCAAGGGCACCUGGCUGACAGGUACGGGCUCCGAGCAUCAUUGGCUGUAUAACUACAACUUCCACAACGCCUCGAACGUCUUUGCCGGACUACUCCAAACCGAAACCCCAUACAUGCAGGGCGAGGGUGAGUACCAGAACGCACCGGCGCCCUGGACAGCUCUUGCCAAAUAUGGGGACCCCGAUUUCUCGUGGUGUGCCGCCAACGACCAAAAGUGCCGCGCUGCGCUAGCCACCAAUGUCGACGGCGGAUCCAACAUUGCCCUCUACAAUUCAGCGGCCUGGGCCUUCUUCGACGGGUACUGGAAUGGUCUAUACAAUGAGCCUUGCAACGGGAACUGCCAGUCCAACAUGAUGCGAGUCACGAAUAACCCUCAGAAUCUGGUUUGGUACUCCAUCAGCACCCGAAUGACGGACGUCAUGGUGCUCGAUGGGAAGACUAACCCCCGUCAAGCGGACCACAAAGGUGGAUGGGAAGCCAUCAUCCAGGUGUAUGGGCAGUUUACGGCCUGA